AUGUUGAGUCGCAGCUUGACAAUGACAAUAUCCGAAAGCGCCAUUCGUGAGACGUACAUGUUCGUCCCAAGUCUGACCGCCAAUCCCGCGCUACGCUUACUAUAUUUGCGCGGUCCUGCUGAUAACAGCAGUAAACUGUUUGUGGACUCGAAACUAAAGGCUGCGCAGUCUCGAGGAGCAAUCCCGCCACGUCUUCGAAGAAGCUCACGGCUAGUUGGCGACUGACAAGCUGAUCAGCAAACUGAGCGGGAGGCUGAGGAAGCCUGAAGGCGAAUGGCGGCUCACCCCUGACGAUCACUGAACCGGCUGUAUACACUACGACAGUAUUCGCCCACUGAACAGGGAAUCUCUGAUGAGGCGCGCCCAUCGCGCGUCAAACGUGUCGAGUACCUUGCAGGCCACAGCAUAUUGUUCUGCGCGCCGAGAUGGGAUCGGCGCCGAUGGCAACGCCGGCUUCGAAGGCCCGGGAGUAUGGGCGAAUCACGACCUGAAACCGACGACUUUCCCUAAUGCAUCGACCGUUGGCUCUUGUUUUCAAUCGAAAAAACGUCGGUUUUGGCGACUGCAUACGCCUAUUAUUACCGUCUGUCACCCUGCUCAACCGAUCUACUGGGCACGAUCUGUUUGUUCCUGCGGCGCUCAUCGCAUCGAAGGGACGUUGCCCUCCCCCAACAAUAACACCCAUACAGGAGCGCAAACCUAUAUGCCGACAGCUGGAGACGAGGCCGGUCGAUGCUUCAACAAGUGGGAAAGGUAUGCAUUUUGUUUCGU